AUGAGUGAUCGAUCCAAUCCACGUGUUCGAAACUUGUAUGACAGUGACGAAGACGACAAUAGCAGCGACGACGAUGGUCGUGGUGCUACUGCCGCACGACAACAAGAAGAAGAAGGAUCAUCAUUGAUCCAUCGAAUUAGACCCUCUGAUAUUGUUCAAUUAAUCAUGGAAAGAAAUAUGAAUGCUCAAGACUCCGAAGAGGAUGAAAAUCCUUUGAAUAUGUUUGCCGUGUUGCGGAGGAGAGCCAAUCUGUUGAGGCAAUCCAUUUCAUCAUCCACAUCAACGGCAACCACAAAUACAACCAAUACAACAUCCUCCUCAUCGGCAAUGAAUGCACGGAGAUCAGGCCUCACAACCACCACAUCAUCCACCAUGGCAGAGCCUUCAUCUACGACUUCUUCGACAACAACGACAUCGUCAUCACCUCCACCCUCUCAGCCAUCGCCUUUUCGUGUCUUGAUGAAUCCACUCAAUCAAAGAAAUAGACGAGAGGCUGAAUUGAGAAGAAUGGCCAAUGAUCGUCAACGUGGAAGUGGUAAUUAUGAUGAGAAUGAAAGGAUCAUUAGUUUUGGAAUUCAACCUCCGAGAUAUUCUCUCUUUGAAAUUUUAAUGUCUGGACAGGCGGAUGCCGCCUCUCAUGAUUUGGCACAAAUUUUCGAACAUAUCAAUCUGGAAAAAGAGAAGGAAAAUAUAGAAAACAGUCGACCGCAUCGUAGGAUUGGAGCACAACAAGCAACAACAUCAACAGGACCGUCAACCUCACAAUUCUUCUCGCCUCUCUAUCGAUGGUGGAACGAAGAUCAUGCUCUUUAUUUUGCGACGGAUAGUACAAUGGAUGAUUGUAGUGUGAAUGUUGUUUCAAAUUCUUCACUUUCGAAAUUACACCACAUGCACCGAAAACCAACUCAUCAUCAUUGGCAAUUACGAGACUUGAUUCAUUUAAGUAAUUGGAAAUGUGAGCAUUUUGUAGGGGAAACUUUUCAAAAUAUGAUCAAUAUACAUCACUCCUCAAUGCUCAUGAGAGACGAAAAUGAUGACGAAGACGAAUUUAUGAUUGGACUUGACGAUGAAGAUGUGGUAUCUCACGCAAGUACUAUGAAUAAUACCCCUCGUGGAGGAUUCCAUUACUCACUACAAGCAAAUACUUCUGCACAAGACCGAGGAUAUCUUUACUAUGUAAAUAAUAAUCAAUGCCUAAUGUAUGAUAUUUCAAAGAGAAGAGCCUCUCCUAUAUCAAAACUAGGAUUUAAGCCAACAUGCAUGCAUGUUCAUAACAACCUCAUUGCCCUAGGUGGAAAUGGAAGCGAGUUAUCUCUGAUUGACAUUCAGGCAGGAAAAUUUUUGUGUAAAGACAUGUCACUUGGAGGGCAAAUCAAUAAUGGUUGUCACAUUAGUCCACUCUCAUCGUCCACGAGUGCCGCUUCAAACCAUAUUCAAAUUUUCGUAGGAAACAACGACAAGACCAUCAAAACCGUUGCUGUACAUAAUCACCGAAUUACUACCUCUUCAAUCCAAGCUAAAUCUCCUGUAAAUUAUUGUUCAACUAAUGCUGAUGGCUCUCUACUUGCUAUCUGUGGGGAUAAUACUGAAACUGUACUUUAUGACGUCAAGACAUGUUUACCAAUAGGAACGUUCUCACAUGCCUACGAAGAGGCAGCAUUUUCUUUGUCUUUUAGUCCUAAUCAACGAGAAAUUGCGGUGGGAUCUCAGGAAGGAACUGUAGUCGUGUGGGACGUUCGAAAACAUGGUUCAAAUGCUCCUCCCCUCACCAUUCUCAGCACUCAGCGAAAGAAUGUCCCCAAGAAAAAAUCUAAGCGUUCGUGUUGUGAAAUAUGCAACAGUAGCCAACAGUGA